UAAGAACCGGUGUUCAUAUCGACAUGUUUGUUUGUAUAUUUAUUCAUGACUAUACUGUCGAUAUGUGUUGUUUAUCUAUCGAAAUAUAAGUUUAAAUAUAGAGUGAAUUGUGAAAAUUUAUCCACGAAUUUUAAUAAUUACAUGAAAUAAUCUUAACAAAUUGUUUUAUCCGACCAUGAGUAAUUCUUCAGUACAUAUUAAUGUUUUAUUGCUGUUCAUAAUUUCACUAAUUUCAAAUAUUGAAUCAUCAGUCAUAAGAGAGUCUUCAAAAGGAAACUUGUUAGAUCAAAAAAACACUCCAAAUUCUAUGAAUAAAGGAUGUUCUUUACUACCGAGUCAAAGAUAUCUGAGUGUGUUACCGGGUAUCGGAUGGGAUAAUUUAGUUAACCGUGAAAGAGGUCCUGUAAUUGAUGUUGAACAAUAUACAAACUGUCGAACUUCUGCAGAUGGGCAUUUUCUGAUUCCAGAUGAUGUAAUAGUCCAACCACUGAAAAACUCCGAAGUGAAGUUAACCUCCGAAGUAUAUGAGUCAAUAAGUCAGUGUCGUUCCUUGACAGCCUAUUCAAUUAAUUCAGCACUGGAAGGUGGUUAUUCAUUUUUCCGUAUUAACGGAGACUUCUCAUUUGAUAAAGAAACAUUACGUGAAAAACUGAGUCAAAAAUUAGGUCUUAUUGUUCAAAGUGAAAUGCGUCAUAAUCGUUACUUUGUCCAACAAAUACCAGAUCCCAAGUUACAUUCACGUUUCAAAAAUCGUCUGUUAGACAUAGCUGCAUAUCUAGAACGUGGAAAUGUUACAAUGGAAUCGAUUGAAUUAUUUAAUAAUGGUUUAAUUGGAAAUAAUUUAAGAGAUUCUACGGGUACAUUGACGAAUGAUAAUUUUAAAUCUUUAAGCGAGGGUAUGAAUGCAUUUUAUCUAGCUGAUUUAGUUGUUCGAGAUUUUGGCACUCACUGCAUCAAUUCAAUUCAUGCUGGUGCAGUCUUAGCGAAAAUUGAUACAUUAGACACAAGUUCAUUCAAUAUCAAGAAAGAAGACAGAUGGAAAUUAGGCGCAUCAGCUUCAACAAGCUUUGCAAAUCUAUUCAACUUCAAACUAGAAGGAUCAACGAAAAGCAACACCUCUAUAGUAGAAAAUUAUGAAAAUAAAAUAACCUACAGUGAAAUCGUAACUUAUGGUGGUCCAAUCAUACACAUGUCUAGCGUUAAUUUGUCCUACUGGGAAGCUGAUCUAGAUAAUCAGUUAGUUGCUAUCGACAGAAGUGGACAACCAAUUUAUGAAAUUAUUACGGAUAGAUCACUACCUGAAUUGCCUGGAAAUAUGAUAUUACGUCUAACUGCUACACUGAAAUCAGCUGUUGAAAGAUAUUAUAAAGCUAAUACAAUUGUUGGUUGCAUGAAUCCCUUAUCUGCAUUUUAUGACAAUGAAGCCAAUGUAGCCUCUACGGAAUGUGAUAUACAAAAUGCCAACAAGUUGAAUUCAACCUUAUAUCUCGGAGGUGUAUUUCAAAAAUGUGUCGGUCCAGAUGAUUUGUGCAUUAGUGAAAUCAUAGCAAAUCCACUUACAGGUGACCUGACCUGUCCUCAUGGAUAUAUGCCUGUGCAACUGUUGCCACAACAGGUUCGAAGGUGUUAUAGUAUAUGUAACGAUAAAACAUGGUUUAAAACACCUGAAUGUACAACAAAUUGUGCUAUUACAGAAUCUUUCUGGUGUUCACGUGAUCCAUCAUCUGACCUGUUAGAUAUCAAUGAUAGUGGUUACCUAUUCGGUGGUUUAUACACAGAUAAAGAAGUGAACAGUUUAACGAAACAGUUUAACUGUCCACAACAUUAUUGGCCGAUAGCACUUGGUAGACGUAUGAGAAUUUGCUUAUCAAGUGAUCGUGAAUUAGCUGGAAAGUAUUCAUUACCAUUUGGUGGGUUCUAUAGUUGUUAUUCUGGAAAUCCUUUAAUAUCUUUAAUCAAUAACAAUAAUCAAACAGGCAAGGAUGAUAAUUUGGCGAGAACUGCAUUCAUGUCAGAUGGGUUAAGAGAUCAGCCGCAAGGAAGAAAUUCAUUCAUAGGAAAUCCACAACAACAAAGUCGAAUAGAUUUAGCAACUCCACCAACAUCACAAGGGCAAGAAGAUAUUAGUCCUUUCAGUGGAUUAUUCUUACAAAAUGAGAAUUCACAACUAUUUGCGGCAUUGUGGCCGAAAAGGUGUCCUACUGGAUACACAGCGCAUUUAGCUUCAAUGGAAGACAUAUGUCAAGUCAAUUACUGUGUUCAAGCAAACGUACUACAGGAACAACGAAAACGUCAACUGAAAAGACCACCAUUCGUAUUACCCUUCUCACUUGAUCCACACUUAUUUAAAUUAAGUGAUUCAGACAAUUUCAUUGGUACAAGUUCAGAUACACUACAUGAUAUUAAUGGUAAUAUGAUAAAAAAAGUAAACGGCCGUUGGGAAGAGCCUGAUCAAUACAACGAGAAUAGUAAUAAUUACAACAAUAAUGGUAAUUCGAAACGUUAUCAAUACGCAUUUACUAUAACAUUAAGUACACUACUGCCAAUUAAUGUUAUUUUAAUCAUUAUUCUAUCUGUAAUUUUGUUCUAUUAUACACGUCAAAAGAGAAGGUUAGCAGCACGGUGAAAUGAGGCGCCACUACCUGGGAAGUGUAUUUUUUCUCCAAUUAACCACAACAUAAUCAAUAUAUCAUGCGAUGUUUUACACGACAAAGUGAUUUCUUUUUAAAUUACUUGUGAAGGUGACAAAUCAGACGAAUUACUUUUCGAUUUUCCUCAUAUAUAUAUAUGUAAACAAAUAAACGUUAUAUUCAAUUAACUUUUUUCUCUAACUGAUGCCAUAUACUAAACGACCUCCAACUUACGUUGAUACUUAGUGGAAAUCUCGUCAAUGACUGAUUUGUUGGAAUACGUAGUCAGUGACACCUAUCUAUAGUAUAGUUAAAAUAAAACAAUUUUGAUUCUCUCACUGCUUGGUCUCACGGAUCAGUAUUCAGCAAUCAAGAAGCACGGUUCUUUUUUGAAAUAACGAACACUGGCACCAUGGAUCGCCUAAACUGUUUUCAAAAUACUGCAUCAAGAGCCCAUGGAUCACUUUGUGUUUGCUUCCCAUGUAACAACAGAAGACAACGGUCAGGCAACAGAUCGUUUAUUAAGGAAAUCAACAUAUAUCUGUAUAUUUUCAUGUACAUUAUUAUAGCUAAUUCAAGCAAAUAAACACAGCCUUCUGAUUGGUUAUUUCUCACAGAAAGUUAACCUUGCAUCUCUUUGUGACUGUCUCUUAAAUGUCAG